CCGCCGUGACGUCAUGGCGAGGGCGGGGGCAGCGGGUUAGGUUGCACCGAUGCCGGUUACAUAGUGGCGGGUACGGCGUGUCCUUGGGCAGAGGAAACGCGAGUCGGGCCGGCGGCGCAGAGUAAGCGAGCGAGCGCGCGUGACUGCGGUUGAGCUGACCUGACCAUGGGGGACGUCGAGAAGGGCAAGAAGAUCUUCGUGCAGAAGUGUGCCCAGUGCCACACCGUGGAGAGCGGGGGCAAGCACAAGACCGGCCCCAACCUGAGCGGGCUCUUCGGCCGCAAGACCGGCCAGGCCCCGGGCUUCUCCUACACCGACGCCAACAAGAACAAAGGCAUCACCUGGACCGAAGACACGCUGAUGGAGUACCUGGAGAACCCCAAGAAGUACAUCCCCGGCACGAAGAUGAUCUUCGCCGGCAUGAAGAAGAAGACCGAGAGAGCCGACUUGAUAGCCUACCUUAAGCAGGCCACCAAGGAGUAACCCUGGUCUGCUGCCUUAUUUAUUCUAGUCGGAGGUCUCUCCUUUUUUUACUUGUACCAUAACGACCCUAUUUAAAUUGGUUUCAUUAACCUGAGAAUUUUGAUCAUGAAUGGCUGUUAAAAAAACCUUGUUCAGCAGUCCUAAUAAAGGAAUUAUGUAGAUUAGGUAGGCUUGUGUUUAAAUGAGAAUGAUUGUUUUCUGUCACAAACAACCAACCUAUCGUGCUUUUCUUUGAUUGAUUAGGCAACUUUUUUUAUUAAGGGCAAUGGGCUCCACCUUUGUCUUGCAAAGUUUUAAUUGAAUCUGUCUUUUUACUAAACAGUGGGGGAAGCCUACUUAAUUGUUUCAUAGGACUUUUAUCUGUAAUAUGUCUGGGGAGGGGGAAUUAUCCUUUGGAAAAAGUGCCCCAGCCUGUCCAAAGGCAAGGUCUACUGAAUCAAAACAAGCCCACGCAUUUCCAACUUAAAUUCCUUAAUUUUCCAUGGUGACAAAGAUUGGAUUUAAAUUCUGCCUUCAGAUUGCUGAAAGGCUUCAGAGUACUUUGUUGUAUAACAGUCUUGAGUAAAGAGCAUCCCAUCACCCAGUGAGUGACCUUUGGGACUGUGAAGAGGCACAGAUGAGUUCAGCUAGAGCUAGGACAUAACGUGUUUGAAGCUCAGCCAAACCUUAGGAUUCACUUUUUAAGACCUAUGGAAUUUAAAGUUUGCAGACAUGUUCUACAGUAUGUGAAUAGUGGUGUUGAUAUUCACUGGAACGUUCAGCUGUAAAGAUGUACCAAUAGGACAUCUGCUAAAUGAUUUGAUCAUGAGACUGGAUUCGGACAUUAAACACUUGUGAAUACUUUG